CUGUCGGAGGGUGCCGCGGGUGCGUUUGUGUUCGUGAGAACCUGACCCCUAUUUCGAACUCCCAGUUAUCCCCAACCUUGUCCAACACAAAAUCGUUUACUUGGAGGAGAACGGUCCCUCAAAGCGAGCGCAGCGAGGCUUGAGCCGUCAUUUUUCCAAAGCCGCACAAGAUAGCACUUCUUUCCAUAACGUCAUUUCUUGCAUUGAUUGUUGGGUGUGGGAUGAGUGCUAGUACCGGUACCGGUAGCCAUCGAAGCAUCCUUGGAGAUGCUUCGGGUAUAUCCAACACGAGAGCUUCGUCUCGUGCAAGGCGCAAGUCCUUUUGUGUUUCGGAUCGUUCGUCGAAUCAAGUAGACACACCCAGCAAUAAGUCGGAUCGUCGAGCUCUGUUGGCAGAAUGGCGCAAGCAAACGAGAGGAACAAGCAGUGCUGGUAGCGACAAUACUGCUAGAAUUCCAACAUCGGAAGACUAUAACAACAAAAAGCGAAAUAGGUUUCACGAGGCGCCACCGUUGCCUCCUAGUGCACCCUCAGCUUCGUCCAAUGCCGUCGCAGCGACAGACGGGAUAUCCGCUCGGGAGAGACUCCAACUGCGAAAGCAGCAAAAGCGUCUUCAUCAGUCAACCGACAGUCCGAAUCAAACGCCUCCUAUGCCAACGAAAAGUACUAUUGAUUUCUAUGAUGACGAAGAAGAGAAUGCGAGUGUUGGUAGUCGUCGUCUCGUCGGUCGGUCUCCGCUUAUUCGAAAGUCUUUGGGCGGAGCGCGCCGAAAAUCGCUGUCGUUUUCGGCUCGUCGAGGAAGAGCUUCCCCUCUUGUUCCCCAGCCAGUUGGAGAUUAUUCUCAAGCAACCAUCAGUAGUUCGACUCGAUCCAUACGAAAGACGCCUCCCAUAGAUCUCGACCAAUCGAUAGAUGAUGAUGUUGAAACGAUGGAGGAAAAGAUCAGCUUGCGCUCUCGUAUGAAGGAGAUGCAGCAGCGAGUGGAUCAGUUGGAAAAGGAAAAGAUUGACCUCUCCAUGUCCAAAGCCCCUUUGGAAAACCGAUUCAGAGAGAAAGAAGAAGCAUGGCAAAAGGAGCAGACUCGUCUCUAUCAAGAAAUUGAUGCACUGGCGUUGGCAUCCAAGGAAGCCGACGAAAGAUACCGCGAUUUGGAGGUCAAGUAUGAAGCAAAGCACGAAGAAUGCAAGCAACUUCGACACGCUGUUCGCAAAGCAUCGAGCUCUGUGCACUCUUCGCAGGCAGCUGAUAAUAGUACCUGGUCCCGACAGUUGCAAAAUGAUCGAGAUGUCGCGGAGCUACGAGAGAAGUUACGUCAUGUCGAAGAAGAGAUCGAAUCGAUCCGCUUGGCCAAAGCUUCCAUCGAAAGUGAACUUCACGGUACCAAAAUUGAGCUUGAAGCCCUGAUGCGCAACUUUGAGGAAUUGCAACGAGAGUAUGAAGAGAUCGCCACGUCCACCUCUGAGAACAAGGAGGCGGAGAUCAAGCUUGAAAUUCUCACAACAACACACAUUGCAACCUCUGCCCAAUUGAACGCUGUGCGCGAGGACCUGGCAGCCACAAAGGCGCGUUCGGAUGCCGUACUGGAAGCCAAAGACGAAGAGCAUCGAAAAGAAGUCGAAAAGCUCAAGUUUGACAUGAGUGUGUUGAAGACACGAGCUGGGAAAGUAACUGACAACGACGACUCCAUGUGUGAGGCCGAGGUCGAGGAUGAGGCAGUCUUGCGAGCACGCAUCGAAGAACGAGACAGGAAGAUUGCUGAAUUGGAAGCACAACUUCUCAAGGGAGAACAAGUUCGUCGCCAGAUGCACAACCGUAUCCAGGAGCUUCGAGGAAACAUUCGAGUGUUCGUUCGCACUCGUCCCUUCCUUCCGGGCGACCAGCAGACCAGUGACUCGUCUAUCGAGGUGUCGCCGGAUGGAGAGUCGUUGUCCAUUGCUGACAAACGAAAUGGAAGCCCUCACGACUUUCGUUUCGACAAGGUGUUUCCUCCUUCUGCUGGACAAGAUCAGGUAUUCAGUGAAGUCUCUGACUUCGUGCAGAGUGCGCUCGACGGAUACAACGUCUGUUUGUUUUCUUAUGGCCAGACAGGAUCAGGCAAGACACACACAAUGCAGGGAAGUGGCAAUGGUGCCAUGCGAGGAAUCAUUCCAAGGGCUGUCGAACAGAUUCUCGACCAGGCUAGAACAUCCCGUGCUCAGAACUGGGAAUUCAAGAUGAGUGCUUCUUUUUUGGAAAUCUACAACGAAGAGCUCAAGGAUCUACUGUCGUCAAUGAAACAAAAGGUAUCAAACCAAAGCAACAACGCGAAGCUCGCUAUCAAGCGAAGCAAGGAAGGCAGGAGCUUUGUCGACGGGUUGACAGAGGUUGCCAUCGAGACGGAAGAUUCCGAUGCCGGCAUGAGACAGCUGGAGGCAUUGAUGGCAGUCGCAGCGCGAGCUAGAUCCGUGGCUAGCACCAAAAUGAAUGCACAGAGUUCGAGAAGUCAUUCAGUCUUUAUGCUCCAUCUUCGAGGAUACAACAAGGAUAACGGAGCAAUUAUGGAGGGAACUCUCAAUCUGUGUGAUUUGGCGGGAAGCGAGCGCCUCGAUCGCAGUGGGGCUGCAACAGAUGCAAAGCGAUUGCGAGAGACGCAGGCGAUUAACAAGAGCUUGAGCUGCCUCGGGGACGUGUUCACAGCUUUGUCCCAGCGCUCGUCGCAUAUUCCGUACCGAAACUCAAAGCUCACCUAUCUCCUGCAGGAUUGCUUGAGUGGGGACGGGAAGGCCAUGAUGUUUGUUAACCUGAGUCCCACUCGGCUGUCAUCGGGGGAGAGCCUGUGCUCUCUUCGCUUUGCUACUCGAGUGAACUCUGUCGAAUUGGGAAAAGCCAAAAAGCAUAUUCAGUACAACAGUCGAAAGUAAACGGUGUCAUCGGAUGAUGUGGAUGAUGAAUUCCAGGUGAACAGAUCCCUUGACAAAUAGAAAUGGACUAACCAUAUACAUGUAGCGAACGAAUGGCCAAAUUCAUUGCAUCUUUUGUGGUUUUGGGCACACACUAGCUAGAUUGUAAUCCUGUACCGUUGCGUAAGUUGAAAUUGGUGCAAACAACCCCAGAAGGCCA